AUGAACACGGAGGACGAAGUUCUCAAGGCCGCGAUAGCAAAGUACGGGAAGAAUCAAUGGGCGCGUAUAUCGUCGUUGCUGGUCCGAAAGACCCCCAAACAAUGUAAAGCGCGGUGGUACGAGUGGCUAGAUCCAUCUAUCAAGAAGACGGAAUGGUCAAAGACCGAGGAUGAAAAGUUGAUGCAUCUUGCAAAAAUCAUGCCCACGCAAUGGCGGACAAUAGCUCCUGCGGUGGGUCGUACCGCCACACAAUGUCUUGAGCGAUAUCAGAAGUUGUUGGAUGAGGCCGAGGCGAAGGAAAACGAGGAGCUGGGGCUGACAGGACCAGAGGGAGAGUCGGCACCAAGUGCAGACGACAUCAGGCGCCUGCGACCAGGAGAAAUUGACCCUGAUCCUGAAACUAAGCCUGCACGUCCCGAUCCUAUCGACAUGGACGAAGAUGAGAAGGAAAUGUUAUCCGAAGCCCGUGCUCGUCUCGCAAAUACACAGGGCAAGAAAGCUAAGCGGAAGGCUCGUGAACGCCAACUCGAAGAAGCAAGACGUCUUGCUGUCUUGCAGAAAAAGCGUGAGCUGAAGGCUGCUGGAAUCAUUAUGCGACAUAAAACGAAAAAUAAGGGUAUGGAUUACAAUGCCGAUAUUCCCUUUGAAAAGAAGCCGGCAGCGGGCUUCUACGACACGUCGGAAGAACAGGCACGCAUUGCCUCUGCGCCAGUCGGCCAAUCUCUCCGCCGUUUAGAAAACAAACGCAAACCUGAUGAAGAGGAAGCUGAACGAAGGAAGCGACAACGUCGCGCAGCAGAGGCUAAGGGCGAUAACGAUGGCCACCAAACAAAAUUUAUUGCCGCUCGUGAUGCACAGAUACAGAAGUUGAAAGAGGCGGAGAGCAUUGGUCGUCGACGGAAGCUUGUGUUGCCGAACGCGCAGGUUGGUGAGGCGGAACUAGAAGAUAUUGUCAAGAUUGGGCAGACAGGGGAGAAUGCCAAGGCAUUGGUUGGUGGCGGAAGCGAGGCAACUGCAAAACUCUUGAGUGAUUAUGAGGGUCUGGAGGGCGCAAGAAUGGCACGAACACCUCGUACUGCACCCCAACAGGACAAUGUCAUGUUGGAAGCACGCAAUUUACGGAACAUGACCAUGGCCCAGACACCUUUGUUGGGAGACGAGAACACCCCCCUUCAUGUUGGGCCAGGGGGAGGAACUGGUUUUGAGAGCGCAACUCCUCGGCAUCAAGUUGCUUUUACCCCAAAUCCUCUCGCAACUCCUAUGCAUGGCGGCCCAGGCGAUGUUUCUGCAACGCCGCGAGACGGUGCAUCGUGGGGCGCAACCCCACUACGUACGCCUAUGCGUGAUACCCUCAGCAUCAAUCCCGUUACGGGCAUGCCAGUUGGCGAGACACCACGCGACCUCCGGUUACGUGCCGACUCCGCCAAGCGUGCAUUGAAGGCCGGAUUCAUGAGUCUUCCAAAGCCUGAAAAUAACUUCGAGCUUUUGGUUCCCGAAGAUGAAGAGGAAGACGAUGGCACCACAGGUCCGCUAUCAGAGGAAGAUGCUGCCGAACGGGAUGCGCGCUUAAAGCGGAUACGCGAAGAGGAGGAAAGAAAGGCCUUGGCAAGACGGACGCAGGCUGUUGCUCGUGGGCUACCUCGUCCUGCACGUGUCGACGUGGAGCAGCUGAUGAGGGACUUGAACAUCGGGGAAGAAGAUGACGACAUGGCAGAGGUCAGAAAACUCCUGAAUUCGGAGAUUGCGGAUCUCCUGCAGCACGACUCGAUAAUGCAUCCUCUCCCUGGCACAAAUAUUCCUGGUGGCACGUCAUCAACAUAUCGGAUACCGCCAGAUGAUGAUCUUGCUGCUGCCAAGUCUGAGAUCCAUCUUGAACUUGCCCUCUCAAUAGGCUUCCCUGAUGCCAACGAAGCCCAGGUGAAGGAGGGACUGGCAACGCUGUCGAGCAGCGAAGAUAUUGAUGAGAGUGCGUCUUGGGCAAGUAUCCGUCAGCAGCUUGCUUUCGAUGCCUCCUCGAGAACAUGGGUAGAACCCAGCAGCCUUUCCGCGGAAGCCAGGAUAGCCGGUUAUGCUACACUGCUCGAGGAGAACCGUGGAGAGAUGUCGAAAGAGGCCGGCAAAGCUGCCAAGGCCGAGAAGAAGCUCGACAUCACCCUUGGUGGAUAUCAAGCACGUUCAAAAGCUCUAUCCAAACGUGUCACUGAAGCUUUCGAUGAGCUCGUGCGCACGAAAGUGGACUAUGAGAGCUUCUCUCGGCUCAGUAUCAACGAGGCUGCAGCUGGACCACGAAGAUUAGAGUCGCUGAAAGAGGAGGUGGAUGUCCUAUCACGGAGAGAGCGGUUGCUGCAAGAGCGGUACGCAGAACUUGACCGCGAGCGUCGGGAUGCAGAAUCGAGGGUUGCUCUGCUGGAGGAGAAAAUCAUGGCAGAGGCAGAGGCACUCAAUGAAGCAGCUCUCGCUGAGAUGGAAGCAAGCGGAUGA